AUGAGUGGCGAAAAACGAACAAUUGUUGAAAAAAGUAUUAUUCAUAGUACCCCAUCUGGAAGAGUACUUUCUACAACUAAAAUGCGAACUAUCUAUUAUGAUGACAACGCGGCAAAAGCAAUCGGUAGACAUCAUGAUGAUCUCCACAGUCAACGAAAUUCUGUAUCCGAUUCAGAUUUGCCUCGUCACGGAGACACAACUCUUUACGGAGACGAAUGGUCGACAAGCGGAACAGAGAUUAAGGAAUUCAUGCCAGGAAAAACUGAUCUCAUAUCGACUUCAUCUGUAAAAAGCUAUAGCGAAAGUUCGAGCUUAGAAAAUAUUGCAAAUAGAAUAAAUCAGUUUCGUGAGAGUUAUCACCUUCAACCACUGAAUUAUGACCAAGAAUUAGCUGAAAAUGCCCGUCGAUGGGCAGGAUCACUAGUGCUCACUGGCACCUUCAGGUGUCGAUCAGAAUCAUUGAUGAAUGUAUGGAUGGGGAGUAGACCGAGUCUUCUAAUUGCUGAUUUUUGGCAAAAAGAGAUGCAAAACUGGCCAGUCAAUUAUUACAAACAUGCUAAGCUCAGAAAAAUUGGCCUCGGAAGAGCUUAUGACGACAAUCGUCACGUAUUCAUUGUUGUUGCUGAAUAUGAGUAA